ACUCCGGAAAGAACAGGUAUUGCGAGACUGGGAGGAGUGCCGGGAGAAGAGGCAACUUCGUGUGUGUUCGGCCAGACGCAUGACAGCCCUGGGUUAGAAGGCGAGCUCCGUCCAACUGCGCGGAGAACUCUGUGAGGAAUGGAGUGAUUGCUGCCGCCGACUGUCACAGCGUUGCCGGAGUACAGGUGAAGGGAGAAUGGAGUCGGGGCUGAGUCAAGAGGUAGUGGUCCGGUUUCUGGUGGAGGCUGGGGGCAAAGUGGAGAACUCCAAGCUGCUUUUUAAUUUCAGGAACGAGUUGGGGCAGACUGAUCCACAGCUAAGGAAGGAAGCCCGGGAACUCUUCAAAACCUUUAUUAACAAAGUUGCCGUGGUGCGCGAAGAAGGAGGGGUGAAAUAUGUGGUGUUGAAGAAAAAGAUGCAGCACCUGGUAGCUGCUCGGCGGGAAUCUCCACCGGCCCGAGCGGGGCCGCAGGGGAUGAGAGCAACCGAGGGGCUUGGUAAGGUGGAGAGUUUGGGGAACCUGUUGGAGGCGGGCGAGGCGUUACAGGAGCCUGCGGCUCGACGCAAUUCUGCACCUUCAGCGCUGUCGCCGAGUGAAGCGAGAUCGCUCGCCAUUACGCCAUCUCGGCUGCAGUUCGGAAGCAAGGCUGGGUCCCAGGACGCCCUGACAUCUACAGAGCCCGGAGGAUGGGUGUCGCAGCCGCGGGAGAGCGUGGCACAGGUUCCGAGGGCGCGCCCUGCCAACAGCGGCAGCCUUGAACAGCUGGCGGAAAAACAGUGUUUCAUCUCCGAGAAUCCACUCUUGGAAAACCGUGAUCCCGCCUGCGAGGGCUUAUCGUCUGGGAGAGUUUCUGCACCUGUAUCCCCAGACCUGAAGUCUUCCGCUGUUACAGCCAGUGGCAAUGCCUCUGACACUGUCCCCGAGCGGCUGGAUACCCUUCCUGCCCCAGAGGACAAUUUAUGUUUUGAACAGAAGAUUGAGAACUAUGAAGCCAAAUCCUCAGAUGUCACUGCUCGGGUCGUCGGGCCGAAGAUAGAAUCAAUGCCGAAGCCCAAACCAUACAUGUAUCCACUUCGCCUCCCCCCGGACACCCAGAAAUGUGUUAGUGUUCCCAGUGAGCAAAAGGAAGGCGCACAAGAUGUCCAGGUCGAAGAGAACUGCCCAAUAGCGUUGGGUGACCAAGAUGUCCCCAUGGUGCCUAAAAUGAAGAGGAGUCAGCCGGCAGAGGCCGGAAGCAUUUCACCACAUCUAAAGAGAGUUUCUAGAGUUUUAAAGUUUUCCGAAGAAACUCGUCUCUCUGAUCAAGUCCCUCUGGAUCCGGUUGAGCACGAGUGGAUUGUGAAGACAGCCUUGGGUCACUGGACCCAAGUUUCUGGCUUGCUGCUUAAGGACAACUACCUGGCUGAGAAGAAGGACUUCAUGUCUGGCUUCACAGCCGUACACUGGGCAGCAAAAUUCGGCAACAGUGAGAUUCUGUGUUGGAUUAUUGAUAACUCCGAGAGGAAUGGCAUCAAAUUGGACGUUAACACUAAAUCCUAUGGAGGUUACACGCCCCUGCAUAUCGCUGCCAUUCAUGGCAGAGAAAGUAUUAUUGAUGAGCUGGUGAGAAAGUACGACGCAUUGACAACCCUAAGAGACUACAGUGGCAAGAGGCCAUAUCAUUACUUGGCCAAAGAUAGCUCCUUCGCUGUGAGGCGAUUGUUAGGGGACCCAGAGACUUUCACCAGUGAAUCCAUUAGCCAUAAACGGGGAUCAAAGGUAGCUUCUUCCAUCUUGAGCGGAACUAACGUUUUACUGGGUGCAUUGGCUGAUGAUGUCAUCUUCCAGGAGUUUUCCAAAUCUUUGAAAAAACAAACAAACCUUAGCAAGUUCUUCACCGCUCCAGCCGGACACAAGAAAAGAACUAAAAUGCGCACAAACUUUACUUCACUGAAUGAAGAACCUGAAAAGGAAAGAGAGGAGGUUGUUCUAAAACGCAGGCCUGUGACUGAAAUAUUCUUCUGAAGUUGUUUUGACAUUUUAAUAUGAAAAUAAUGGGUCAAUAGAAAAAUACUUUGCCGCAGUGUUAAUAUUUAGGUGAUAUUCUCUUUGGGAGCUCUAAGUCAAAAUGGAAUCUUGAACAUUAAGCUGUUUUUGCCAUUAAUAUGCUACAACUACAUUUUCAAUAAUAUUUACAGGAGGUAUUAUGAUCAGCAGAAUCUUUAAGUAAUGGGAUAUACUAGAGUAGAAAUUCUUGCGGCCAAGAGAAAGGUAGCUGCUCUUAUCCAACUUAACUUUCGUUAAACCUACAGAGUAUUUGUGGGUAUUUGUAGCUUUGUUCUGAAGAUCAUUUGUGAAUUCUUCCCUUUUCAUUAACCCCAAAAGAAGCAUGAAGUUAGUUCUGCUGUGGGCUUCCUGAGAAGAGUUAAUCAUGGAAAGGUUCCCAGUUAUUCCUGUAGCGAUUUUACUCUUGGCUCACUAUUUGUGGUAUUUGUUUUAGAAAAGCAAGUGUUUAUUCGAACAAAAGCCAAGGUUCCCCGUGUCCAAUCUAAUUGCACCUGUACUUACCUGGCAAGUUGCUUCCAAUCUCUAGUGGUGAGACUUACUAUGCAUCUUCCCUCUUUGUGCUUGAUUGAAUCCUUCAGAGAUAAUUAUUUAAUUCCAAUUUUUAAUUUUAACGUUUGUUAUUUUGGAGAUACUCUACUCCUGAAGGAAGUUAAUUUUAAAUUAGGGUUUGGGCCUGAGCUUUUGUACCUGAAUGAACACUUUGAAUUCUUCUCACUCUCCACUAAUUUACACGUUAAUAGUCCAAUUCCGUUUAUUGUAUUCAAACUAUUUAAAUACAAAACAUUGGUCUGUGAUUCUCUCAAAAUAAUAACAUUUGAUCAUAUCUUUACAGAUGUGGAGAGAUGCACAAAUUUAUUAGAUUUUAAAAUGGUCAUUUUUUUCCAAAUCCCUCCACAGUUCACUCCCUGCCUUUUUCUGCAGUCUCUGCCCUAUAACCCCUUAGUUUGAUCUUCAUGAUCUACAGCACAUUUUAUUGCUCCACUAUUGGCAGUCCUGCCUUAGCUGCCAAAGCCCUAGGUUUCUGAAUUCUCGAUUUAAAUCUCUGCCUCCCCAUUUCUCUUUCAGUCUUCAAGACAUUUGCUUGAAACUUACUUGUUAGACCAGAUCUUUGGUUAUUCUCUCUAAACUCUCCUUGGGUUGUUUGUCAUCUGAUCUGCUUGAAAUGCUUUGCGAUUUUCUGCACAUUAAAGUUUGUUACACACUACUUCCUUUGCUGGUUAUAAAACAUUUGAAAAUAAGGACAAAAGCAAUUUUUAAAAGUUUAUCCAAAUAAAGUAUAUAGGUAAUUUGUAGCUUUGUAUGAGAAACAGUACUUUAUGGUGUUUGUUAGUGCUUAUUAUAUACCUUAUGCACUUUUAAAUUAAUCCACUGCGAAAAAUAAAAUAAUUUUUAAAAAUUAAUAUUAAUGUUUUUGAAUAUCUCACAACCACUGAUUCAGCAGUGCAGCAGGUAUGGCAAUUGUGCUCGUGAAUAUGCACAUGACAGCUAAUUAUUAUUUUAUUGCGAUAGUAUUUAACUCCAUUCUUUUUAUCGUAGCGCUUGUCGAGACUUGAGCAAAGCACAACAAUGUUUCACUGCCUGCUUGCAUUCAGCCUUGUCUGAGAAAUUGGACUGUUGAGUCAUCUGACUCUGAAGACUAGUGGUAUUUGUUUUAUAUUUAGUUAUUCCUUUCAGCCGCAGUGUUAGCUUCAUUUUCCAUUUGAGAGUUUUAGUGAAUGGCUGGGUUUUGCCUAGUGCUUAUUGCUUUCUUUUCCCUCAAACUCUGUUCACAUUAAAGUCUGUGAACUAUUGACCUGCUUGUGUCUCUUGCUCUGCACUUGGGCCAUAUCCGAACGUAGUGACAGAAUACGUAUUUUGAGUACGAACCGGAUUAUGGAUUUGGGUGGGUUAUUCUCUAAUAGUUUUGACAUAAGUAAAAGCUAUUUAUUCAUUAGAUCAGAAUUAAUAUGCAGCUAAGAAAUGGAGAGAUAGAUACACAGAGGGCUGCUGAGAACCAAAGCAUGUACGUACUUAUUAUUCACUUUAGGGUAAAUGAGAAAAUUCAACAAAUCAAUAUAUUUAAUGAACUAACAUUCUGAGUG